CUUGUAUCUGCUGAUAGCAAGAGAAGGAAAACAUCCAAACCCACGCAAGUUGGAAAAAAAUUGUCGAUAACUUACUAAAUUUGCAUCUGUCUCAUUUCUCAUGGCACGCGUGCCCUUGUUAGGUAUAUAGUGCGUUCUUAAUGUAGAGAAUUUCACAAUCCAUCAAGUGAUUAUAGUGUUGUGUACACACGUUUUCAUCAUGUUGCUCAAAGUUUGUGUGUUGGUGGUGGCGUUUGCCGUUGCCUGUAAUGCUUGUGGCGACCCUGCCAUCACUCCAAGCAAGCUCUCUGUGGUCGGUGGAACGGAGGCCGUCCCCCACUCCUGGCCCUGGCAAGUCAGCCUUCAGCUUAGGAAGAUUUUCGGUGGUUAUGCCCACCACUGCGGGGGAUCACUCAUCAACAAUGAGUGGAUUGUUACCGCAGCGCACUGUGUGGAUGGGAGAGAGGCUACCUACAAUUGGAAGAUCUGGCUCGGCGCCCACGAUAACUACUAUUUGGAGUCCGGCACGGUGGAGAAAACUGUUUCUAAGGUUGUCAGACAUGCACAGUAUAAUGGCGCGAUCAUUACCAAUGACAUUGCCAUGAUGAAACUGUCUUCUCCUGUAACUCUCGGCAAUACUAUCAACACAGUGUGCCUACCAUCGCGCACCUACACAUCAGGCAAUGCAUACGUGACAGGAUGGGGAGACACUCAGAGCCCUUGGCCAGGCUCUUACCCUGAUAAGCUACAGCAAGUGAUGACACCCAUCAUGAACCAUGACCUCUGCGUCCAAAGGAUGGCAGCUGCAGUGCCCGGAAUCCCUGUAGACAAUACAAUGAUCUGUGGUGGAUUUGACAAUGGGCAAAAGGGAGCAUGCUUUGGUGACAGUGGGGGACCAUUUGUAAUCAAGAACAGCAGCGGCAAGUGGGAGUUAGCGGGCAUUGUCAGCUGGGGAGACGACCCUUGUGCUCAGGUUGGCGUCCCAUCCAUUUACGCUGACCCCUUCUACUUCCAGAGUUGGAUCCAGAACACAAUGGCAACCAAUUAUUGGGAAGACCACGUGCCAAACACCCAGCUCUAUGGCACCUUGCCCAGAGUGUCUGCCAAGGUCAGGGAACGGAGGAUGAGGCUGGCGGGCCACUGUGUGCAUCACCCAGAGCUAGCUACGAGCCCACUAGUAAUAUGGGAACCCAUUGAUGGAGCUAGGAGCAUGGGCAGGAAGAGACUCUCGCACGUCGACCAACUGAAGAGGGACGCAGCGCAACAAGAUUCCAUUGAGCUGAGGAAGCUGAUGCUAGACCGGGAUGCGUGGAAGGUGACCAUCAGAGGUUCCCGAGAAGGCUGCGUUCUUAAUGUAGAGAAUUUCACAAUCCAUCAAGUGAUUAUAGUGUUGUUCACACACGUUUUCAUCAUGUUGCUCAAAGUUUGUGUGUUGGUGGUGGCGUUUGCCGUUGCCUGUAACGCUUGUGGCGACCCUGCCAUCACUCCAAGCAAGCUCUCUGUGGUCGGUGGAACGGAGGCCGUCCCCCACUCCUGGCCCUGGCAAGUCAGCCUUCAGCUCAGGAAGACUUUUGGUGGUUUUUCUCACUGGUGCGGGGGAUCACUUAUCAACAAUGAGUGGAUUGUUACCGCAGCGCACUGUGUGGAUGGGAAAGAGGGUACGUACAAUUGGAAGAUCUGGCUCGGCGCCCAUGAUAACUACUAUUUGGAGUCCGGCACGGUGGAGAAAACUGUUUCUAAGGUUGUCAGACACGCACAGUACGAUAGCGUGAGAAUUUCCAACGAUAUUGCCAUGAUGAAACUGUCUUCUCCUGUAACUCUCAGCAAUACUAUCAACACAGUGUGCCUACCAUCGCGCACCUGGACAUCAGGCAAUGCAUACGUGACGGGAUGGGGAGACACUCAGCAGUGGGGUCAAGGCUCUUACCCUGAUAAGCUACAGCAAGUGAUGACACCCAUCAUGAACCAUGAUGUCUGCGCCCAAAAGUUGUCUAUAGACAAUACAAUGGUUUGUGGGGGAUUUGCCAAUGAGGAGAAGGGGGCAUGCAGCGGUGACAGUGGGGGACCAUUUGUAAUCAAGAACAGCAGCGGCAAGUGGGAGUUAGCGGGCAUUGUCAGCUGGGGAAUUAUACCUUGCGCUCAGCCUGGCAUCCCAUCCGUUUAUGCUGACCCCUUCUACUUCCAGAGUUGGAUCCAGAACACAAUGGCAACCAAUUAGCGUGUUGAAUCCGUAUUAUAUUAAACCAAUAACAACAGAACACAAAAUUCAAGCAUGACUCAAGCAGGCAGUCAUAUAUGAAAGUGUUUUGAUUGCUUAAAACCAUUAUUGGGUGGGGAGCUAAAACAACAACAAUACUUUCCCUUAUUAUGAUAUAAAUUGAAUUUUAUCUUUAGUUUGACCUAUCACUGGUUGAGUGCAUGUAGCUGUCAACUGUAAAAGAUCCAUAAUAGUCAAUAACAUGUGUGAAAUAAAAACAUUCUCCCAGAAUAAUAGCGAUCCAUACCUCGUGCCAGGCCCAAGGUGUACCAGUCACAGUGCAAUUCUGGUUAAGCUAAGGAUCCAACAGAAUUGCUUGAAUUUGAAUAAAAAAUGCCCCGUUCCUGGAUACA